AUCAAAAUCCUCAAAGAAUUCGUUCUCUCUCUUUCUCCCCUCCCCUCUCUCCCUCCAAACCAAAAUAGUUCCGACUUCCCAAGCUGCCAUGGAUUCAAACCAAGUUUCGUCCCAGAAUUGCUUCCAAGUACCCAACCAAGAAACCCAUUUCAUCUCAUCACCAGAUUCGUCCGAAUUCUUUCUCUUUAUAUGGGCUCUGAAUCAUUCCUCCAUUGUUGGUUUGGACUCAGAGUGGAAGCCCUCUCAGACCCAAAACUCUCACAAUUUUCCCAAGCUUUCUAUCCUCCAAAUCGCCUGCAAACUCACCAGUUUUAGUGAGUUUCCUCUCGAGGAUGAUAAUUCGAGAGAAACCGACAAAAGCAAUUGCCUUGUCUUCAUAUUGGAUCUGUUUUCUCUCCCCCCUUCUUCAAUAUGGAAGCCAUUAAGGGAUUUGUUUAUCUCUCCAAAUGUUUUAAAAUUGGGUUUCAAAUUCAAGCAGGAUUUGAUAUACCUGUCUUCUUCUCUCACCUCACAGGGAUCCGAAUACUGGUUUGAUAAGGUGGAACCCUAUAUGGAUAUUGCAAAUAUAUAUCAUCUUCUACGAAAGAAUCAUGGAGGAAAAGUUCGGGCAAAAGAAAGCAAAAGUUUAGCAACCAUAUGUGAAGAUUUGCUUGGUGUUCAUCUUUCUAAGGAGCUGCAGUGUAGUGAUUGGGCAUGUCGACCUCUUGGCGAAGAUCAAAUUUCGUAUGCUGCUGCCGAUGCACAAUGCUUGCUGGAAAUAUUCAAUAUGUUUCAGAGCAAACUUCGCUAUGAAGGUUUGAUCUGCUUAGAGUCGCACCCUUCGACUUCCAUACGUGGGUUGAAAGAAAUCCUCAUUAAGAAGGAUCUAGGCCAGAACGUUUUAAUGCAUCCAUUCUGCCAAGCUGUGGAUAUGAUUAAAUCGAUUUAUCUACAACCAGUAGUUCAAAGUGUAAUGGCCACGAAUUCCUUUUCUCUCCAUUGCAAUACUCCUGUCUCCUCUGAUUCUUUAUCAGAAAUUGUUAAAAGAUAUGGAGAGACAAUUUCGUUAAAAGUAUGUGAUCGAUUUCCUAAGCCCUCUGGAAGGAAAGCAAGAAGAAGACGAGGGGUUAAAAAAUGUGAAGAAGAAUGGAUGGAAAAUUUUUGUGAUUGGCAGGGUCCUGCACCAUGGGAUUCAUCAGCUGGGAAUGAUGGCUGCCCUAAAUUCUUGUGUGAUGUAAUGGUGGAAGGCUUAGCAAAACAGCUAAGAUCUGUUGGGAUAGAUGCUGCAGUUCCAUUCUCAAAGAGACCAGAACCAAGGCAACUAAUAGACCAAGCAAUCAAGGAAAAGAGGGUUUUACUCACACGUGACACCAAGUUGUUGAGGCGCCAAUAUUUAUCCAGGAACCAAAUGUACAGAGUCAAGAAUCUUGCUAAAGAUGACCAACUUCUCGAGGUGAUUGAGGCUUUUGAUUUGAAGAUAAGUGAGGAUCAGCUGCUGUCAAGAUGUAUCAAAUGCAAUGGAAGGUUCAUCCCUAGGCCUUUGACAGGUUCAGAAGCAGUUGCAGCUGCGAAAGGAAUGCAAGCGAUCCCAGAGUGCUUGCUCCUUCAGCAGGAUUACGAAUUUUGGCAGUGCGCAGACUGCAAUCAAAUUUAUUGGGAGGGAGUUCAGUACCAUAAUGCAAUGCAGAAGUUUAUAACCAUCUGCAAGCUCAAUGAAUGACUGUAAAUUCCCCCUGUUUCCUAUUUUCAUUUUCUGUAAAUUUUAUUAUCAUUUUUGGUGAUGGUUUCUGUAAUCAUUUUCAUGUUGAGCUGAAAUAAAAGAAAUCGAGAAAACCCUAAACCUAAAGUUUCUCAAUUAACUACAAAUCUAGGGAAAAAAGAGCGGUGGGGGUCAACCCUCCAAGUCCUAGUGUUUUAGAGCUCUUAUUCACUUUUUAUUUUUUCCUUGGAUAUUGAGCUUGGUCCUUAUUUCUUAAAGACAGAGAACUUCACCCUAAAGGAAGAAGUUUGAUUCAUUAAAAUCCAAGUGUAUGAGAAUGGGAACAUCCACUGUUGAUUAUCAACAAGAAGCCCCCUGAGGGGAUUGAUCAGUUUUUUGAGAUUACCACUCACCCAGGCGUGAUAAAUCUCCACCAUCCAUAAUGAGGUGGCUGUCUACAUGGGUACCAUAUACCAUACAAUAGUGUGGUGUAGUAUACUGUCUCAAAGUGCAAAUAUGAUAUCAUUUAUAAGA